GACCUUUGAUCAUAAGUCAUAACCUAACAUUCAAAACCUUCCCCGAGUCCCUCGUUAUUUCUUAUUUUCUUAUUUUUACUUUCAACGGUUUCGAGUGUUUCGACUACUUUGUAGUGUGUGUGUUAAAUUUAGCGUUAAGCGUUGUUAAUUAAAUAACAUACUAACUAGUACCUAUACUGUUCAGUAUAUUAACAAUAUUUGACCGUGCGAAUUACGAGUGUAAUAGUUUAAACGUUAUUCAGUCAGCAGUUUUUUUUUUUGCCUCAAACGCCAAAAUCCUAAUAUUGCUAUAGUGUAACAGUGAAAACUGAAAAGGUUACCCGCUAAAGGAGUAUUAAGUACCAAAGUGAUGAAAUUUCGAAAGUAUCUAACACCGUGAACACUGAGAUCAUCGACUCAAUGGGUAAUGACAUUUUGACAAUGCAUAAAACUGUAAACACGGGGAUCGACGCGAUGGGCAAUGCAUUUUCAAAAGUGCAUAAUACCGUAAACACAGGGAUCGACGCUAUGGGUAAUGAAAUUUCGAAACUACCAAAAUUCUUAUCCGACGCAAGUUGUAGCGAUUACGUUACCGAUAAUGUUAUUAAUCUACUCAUCCAAUGCAACCCACACGCGUUUAUUACCGACACGCUUGACACCGAAGAUGUAAUGAUUAUGGCCGCGUGUAAAUCUAUUGAAAUGGUAUCUUACACGUUACCAUUGGUCGCCGAUCUCGCGACAUCGCCCUUACAGGUCAUAUGCUCUGUAUGGAUCGAAGAUCGUUUAGAUUUAUACUCGCAUUUAAAAGGUAUCGACGUGCAUGCAGGACCUUUGGGGACCAUUUUAAUAAACAACGAUGAAUUGUUUUACAAUUUAUCGAAACUUAACGAUCAACAUUGUAACAACGAUUGCGACUUGGACGAUUACGAAUUUAUCAAACUGGACGAACGAGACGAAGUUUCUGCAGACACCACAUGGUCGCCCGACAACGAUAGAUUUAAACGAGGCGUUUUAGGUAAAGCGCUAUCGAUACCGACCAAGAUUAUUAUGAAAAAAUUUGCCGUUAAAAUGUUACGUAAAUUUUUGAUGAAAAAUGGGAUACCUUCGACGUUGGCGUUUCGAGGUCCACGCGGUUUGGCCAGUGUUAAAAUGACGGCAAGAAUCUCAAAUAUGAUUUAUAAUCUUAUAGAAAAGAAACGCCUCGAUAAAAAUGAGGAUGUAUACGAUAUAUUUGUACUAACUAAAACUGUUCCAACAACUUUCACUGAAAAAUAUUACGCUAACGUUAGUCAGCCAAUUCAUUUUGGGAGAGCAGCCGCCAAAAACUUUCAACGUGAACUCGCGAAUAAAAAUCGAUAUUAUUACAAAAGUGCAAAAAUUCAUUCAACAACAUAAUAAUUGAUGAAUUCAGGAGUAAGGUGGAUACGUUUAAUAAAGUGUACAUGAAGAUGAGUGAUGUCUACGUGUAGUAUUGUUGUAGCUUAUAAUAUUCUAUUAUUCUAUUAUUUUUAAAUAAGUACUUAAUACUUCAUUAUUUUAUUUUGUUAUAUUAUAUAGAAGUAUUUUAUGAUUAAAAUGUUAAAUAUUAAAUAAUCACUAUUAACUUAUAAACCAUAUUGUAUCUAUACUAGUAACUAGCAAUAAGACAUUCAUUUGUACAAUUUUUUUCAAAUAAUCCUUAAUAAAACUAUUUUAUAAUCCAAUCCAAA